AUGGAAUGCAAUUGCUCCUUUGCACGAGAAAUCGACCAGCAUGCCGUCUUAAAUGAGGGUGUAAAUGACCCCUCAGAGGCUUUGAACACGCUCACUGUCGUGUCCGGCAACAACAUAGUCACUCGCAUCCCUGUCGAGGAAGCACGCCGUGCCACGCUUGAACAGACCGCCAAGCAGCAUCUCCAGGCUCACAUUGUUGGUAAGCACCUCUCAGUCAUCGGUGGCGUCCCCAAUGCAAACAAUCUGCUUGGAGUCAAUGCCCACUACCUUAAGUUACCCAUACUUGCUUUCUGUUCCAAGAAGCGCCAUAGUGAGGCUGGCCGGUCGGGUGAUAACGAGCGUUUCACGCCUUCAGCUCGGCGGACCCUAGUCCUCGAUUUACACACGUCAGAAGUCCCAAUCGAAGUCACAGCGAAUAAUGCAGACUUGACACUAGCGGCAAUGGGGCUGGAAGAGAUUGCGAUUAAUGGUGUUCUGAACAUCUAUGUUGUUAGACGAUACACGACACUUUACGGCGGGGGAAAUCAGGAAGUCAAUAUGCAGGGCAAGAAUGCUAUAUUUCGCAAAGACAUAUCCUGGGAACAUCCAAGUGGCCAAUCUGACCGAGGCCUCGCCAACCUAUUAUCUGCAUUACGAGCCUUUGCGAAUCUUAUUGGAGCCGCUGAGAUGGAACCCCCAACUCAAGAUGCUAUUCUCCAUGUAAUCUAUCUUCUCACGCGGUUCCCGCCAGCGGUGCGAGCCGUACACGUACUGAUGGCGGGAAAGACGCCACGCUUCUCGGAACGUGCGGCACUCGCACAAUGUAUGUUUGAAGUUUUGAAAGACGUGGUACCUCUUCAGAUCAUUAAAUCGGAUGAGACUAGACGUUUCGAGGGAUCCCGAUUGCUCCUUGGCCUUAUCCUUGAGAAAGCGAAGAAUCUGAAGGUGUCUAUGCAAAUCCAGGAACGUCUUACUUACAUGGACUCUAUGAAAGUCUAUGACCUACGAAACCCAGUUACGAUGGAACCAGUGGCGAGUCCUAUUCAGACAACAUCAGGCCUAGCUGAACGUGGGUUCUAUGACGCCUUCAGAGAUGGGGGCAUGUUUCGGCGGACCAAUGGCGAUGCUACUCUUACCAUAGAUCGCAUCGAUGGUAGACUGCAGAGGGUCGUCCUUCUGUCUGGUGGCAUCAAGCCACAGGUUACCAUAUUUGAUGUGGAUGCCUCCCGAUUAAUACCACGCUACGAUGACAAGGGCGAUGUUAGCCGCGUUAUAGCUCCUGCAGAAUUCUCUGAUUUGCAAUACUUGGCGACACUCUGUAGCCGGAAUAAGCUUGGAGUGCUUCACCCCUCUACCCUACCUUCAGCGGAGCCUCCAGUAUUGACUCUUGAUCGCCAAGGUCUGCUAGCUGUCUACGUUGGCCGACAAGCCUGUGGAGAAGCAGGUCGAGAUAUCAACAUGUUUCGCCCGACCUCUACCACUGAGGAAGAAUCUGUAGAUGUUUCAAUAAUUACACAGUUGAUUGUUCCAAUUCUUAACCGCCGACAAGCAGACGGCACCGCUGUAUUUGAGGCGUUCGGCGACCAGCACCGCCGAUUGAGGGACCCAGAUGAAAUCAUCAUGCUCGCUGUAGAUUGCAGUGCUAGCAUGAACGACCGAUGCGGAUUUGUGGACGUAGAGGAGAAUGAGGACGCCUUCGACCCUGAAUAUGACUCGGAUGAUGAUAUAUAUAGCAGCGUAUCUCUAACGCACAGUGAGCGAAGUGAAGACCCGGCGUUCGAGCGACCAGCGUUAGAUGAGCUCAAAACCUAUCUAUCGGAACACGAGUCUUUUGGCGACAUGCUUGCGAUCAUCCGCUCAGCGCCCGAUGAUUUUCUUUGUCACAAGAAUGCUGAGAAAGUUCUAGAGCUUCUACGCGAUCUAGCCAAUGAGGAGAUGAAAAAGAAGUCUAAGAACCUGGAGGACACUAGGAGACAAGCGACAAGGCGUCACUACCGUCAGCAAGCUGACCGAAUAGAACAAGACUUGGCUACUCUGAAAAAUAGGUCUGUUCGAAUGGAAACAUACAAGAAUGCCUUAUUAGCGUGGCUCCUUUAUCGGGCCGAGCAUGAGUCUAAUUUUCAUGAGCCAUUAACAUGGACGCUAGGCCAGGCCAUCCCGUCGGUUCCUAAAAAGUCGACUGCCAUAUAUGAUGGACCAGACUUUGACACACCCAAUGACUACAUAUGCCCAAUAUCGUCUGAGCUGAUGGACGAUCCUGUUCUGGCUCUCGACAGUUUCACUUACGAGAGGAAGGCUAUUGAGAGGUGGUUUCAAACGAACGAGACAUCCCCUUUCACGAGACAGGUGUUGACUAGUCUUGAUUUGCGACCCAACGUUCAGAUGAAGAAUGACAUCCAGGCCUGGAUUCGAGGGUCAGACAUCAUUCGAAGCUAUGCGCCAGUUCCAAACUCUCAUCUUUCGGUCACAUUCAAGUCUCCUCUUACUACCUGGACAAUAUCAUUACCCGUGGCUAUCACUCUCAAAGAUCUUUAUCAAAUUUCUUUUAGGGGUACCAAAGGUCGCUACUCAAAAUUUGGACUCUACCACCGGAAUGCUCUUCUCAGCCCCUCUGGAGAGAGAGCGCAACUACACAUCAGCAGUAAUCAUGAUGUUUUCAUCAAACCUGAAGACUCAAGUGCUGCGAUAGCAAUGUCUGGGCAGGCUGAAGACCUUUGUCUCGUCAAAGUCUACUGUGGUGGGUACGAGAACAAUGUUGUAUCUUAUUGGGAGCCAAAGUCAACGACGAAGACCUUGAGCUCCACGAUCUUCCGUUAUUAUAGGCAUUCAUUCAACCAAAACCCUUACACUAAGAUCAGGGAUCCUUUCACCAUAUGGACUGAUUUAACCUACACUGGUGAUAGCCAUUUCUCAGGGUGCACACGAAACAACUGGGAGCCUUUGUCUAGCUUUUUCAAUAACCAACAUGCAACUGGUGGCCUUUUCAAUGAGCCUGCUUAUAGCAGAGACGACGAUGAUCAGGAUGACGGGAAUGCUCGCGCUAGCACAGCCCAAGGUACUCAACCUCUAGUCCUCAAGAUUCAUCUAGGAGGCGCUUCGCGGAAGCAGGAUUCGAAGACCUUGUCACGCUUAGACGUCCUCAAACAAAUGUUUGAUGCUUUCAUCAAUCGUGUUCUCGCAUACAACUUUCAAACCCAUAUCGGACUCAUUACUUUCCGAUCCACUGCUUCGUUGACCCAGGAUAUCACCCACGCAGUUGAAAACUUUCGACACCAGCUUAAUUCGACAACUGCAUCUGGUGACACAGCCUUAUGGGAUGCACUUCUGCUUGCGCAAGAUCAACUUCUACAAUAUUCUGAGAAGUUUCCAAAGGCCAAGCUGCGUAUCAUUUGCCUCUCUGAUGGUGAUGACACGAAAUCAAAGGAGCAAGUCACCGAAGUUUCCCAGAAGCUCGUGAGGGAUAAUAUCGUUCUUGACUCAUUCUGCUUAGGAGAGGAAGAAAACCUUGAUCUUCAGGCUCUCUCGUACUUGACAGGUGGAUACAAGUUUCAACCAGACACAAUGGAGGAAGCCAUGGCCAUUUGUGAACUGGAGCCGGUUCUUUCCAUACACGAGCGUCCAGAUGUAGUUUUACCAAGCUUGUCUCGCCAGCUAUUGUAUAACCCGCAAAUUCGGUUCCAGCAUGCGAAGAGCUUGGUUACUAUAGACCAAGUCACGCGCGACAUCUUCCCGAAGCGCAAAGAGCACCCAGGGCUUUCCAAUUCCUUUGUUGAGCUCGGUAAACUCUCCACUACAUUCAAGAUUGAAAAUCGAACUGAUAACAACCUGCGCCUCUCUCGAAUCCAUUCGGAAAUCCGUAAUUCAGCAGCCAAAAUCCAUCCACACUAUGAUGUGUAUAUCUGCGAACCGAACUUCGGACUUUGGAAGAUCGUAAUGCAAGGCCCUCCUGACAGUGCCUAUGGUGCAGGAAUCUUCGUUCUCUACCUGGACAUGGGCGAAGAAUACCCGUCGUUCGCCCCGAAAGCCAGGUUCGUGACUCCAAUAUACCACCCUAACAUCAAUAGGCACGGCCGAAUCUGCCACUCGAUUCUCGAUCGCAAUUGGACUGUCGACACAACGAAUAAGGAUCUGAUCGACACGAUAUACUCACUCCUGCUAGUUCCAGAGUUUAGUGAUCCUAUCAAUGCUGUCGUGACUCUCAAUUUCCACUGGGAUGAAGUUCAGUUCAAAGAAGAAGCCGGGAAGCAUAUUACGAAACAUGCUACUAAGACUAGGGCUCAGUGGAAGAGGGAGAUCGUUGGAUAA